GCAGGCUUCACACGCGUGCAGCAGCCUGACAACAGCAGCAGCAGCAGCAGGAGGGAAUGGGGAGAGAGGGGCACCGCACCGUUUAACAAGACACUCUACAACCCAACACGACCAAUAAAACACUUUACCACCGAGUAUUGAAAGAAUCUUGUCUCAGGCCCCCUCCCCCAUCUGCAGCAUUAAGAAUAACUCGAGAGGAAAAAGAAUGAGCUGAUUUUAAGAGCUCUGAUAAUGAAGCCCAGAAUAAGUGCGACCUGGUCACACAGCAAAGUGGGAAACGUACAAGCUUAAGCAUUAGAAGGCCAUGAAGCAAUGAGAUAAACACUGGAUGACUGGAGGUCCCCUGCUUAACAGUCUCUAAGCAUGGCUGGCCUACAGCUGGUGACCCCUGCCUCCUCACCCAUGGGGCCCUUCUUCGGUCUCCCGUGGCAACAGGAAGCUAUCCAUGACAACAUAUACACACCAAGGAAAUAUCAGGUUGAACUUCUUGAAGCAGCUCUUGAACACAAUACUAUUGUCUGCUUAAAUACUGGCUCAGGGAAGACCUUUAUCGCAGCACUCCUAAUCAAAGAACUCUCCCACCAAAUCCGUGGAGAGGAUGGGAAGAGAACAGUUUUCCUGGUGAAUGCAGCAUCAUCUGUGGUUCAGCAAGCAUCUACUGUAAGAACCCACUCUGAUCUCCAGGUGGGCGACUACAUGUCAGAGGACAUGACAUCAUGGCCCGAGGAGAUGUGGAACAGAGAGAUGAUGGAGAAUCAGGUGCUGGUCAUGACGUGCCGCAUCUUCUUCCACGUGUUAAAAAAUGGAGUCUUGCCACUAUCAAAAAUCAACCUGCUGGUUUUUGACGAAUGCCACCUUGCAAUCACAGACCAUCCUUAUCGGGAAAUAAUGAAGGUUUGUGAGGGUUGCCCAGGCUGUCCUCGCAUUUUGGGUCUGACUGCUUCCAUUUUAAAUGGCAAAUGUGACCCUUGUGAUUUGGAGGAGAAGAUUCAGAACCUGGAAAAGAUUCUGCAGAGCAGUGCAGAAACUGCCACUGAUCUUGUGGUGCUGGAUAGGUAUGCGUCCCAGCCUCGUGAGGUGGUGCUGGAUUGUGGGCUGUACCAGGAUCAGAGUGGGCUCUCUGAGAGGCUUUUAAAUGAGCUGGAUGAAGCCCUUCAUUUUCUUAAUGACUGCAACUUAUCUGCUCAUCGAGAAGAUAGAGAUCCCACAUUCAUCUCCAAACAGGUGCUGAAUGACUGCCGCGCCGUGUUGACUGUGUUGGGCCCUUGGUGCGCCGAUAAAGCUGCAGGAAUCAUGGUCCGGGAGCUGCAGAAAUAUAUCAAACAUGAACAGGAAGAGCUGAACCGCAAGUUCCUAUUGUUCACAGACACCAUUCUGAGAAAAAUCCACGCCUUAUGUGAGGAGCAUUUCUCCCCAGCUUCCCUAGACCUGAAGUUUGUCACUCCCAAGGUCAUCAAACUUCUGGAGAUUCUCCACGAGUACAAGCCUUUCGAACGGCAGCAGUUUGAGAGUGUGGAGUGGUACAAUAAUCGCAAUCAGGACAAUUAUGUUUCUUGGAGCGAUUCUGAGGACGAAGAUGAGGAGGAAGAGGCAGAGGCAAAGGAAAAGCCCGAAGCUAAUUUUCCGUCACCUUUUACCAACAUCCUCUGUGGAAUCGUCUUCGUGGAAAGGCGUUAUACUGCAGUUGUUUUAAACAGACUUAUCAAGGAGGGAGGGAAGCAGGACCCAGAGCUGGCCUACAUCAGUAGCAACUUCAUCACAGGUCACAGCAUUGGCAAGAACCAGCCUCGCAACAAACAAAUGGAGGUGGAGUUCAGAAAACAAGAGGAGGUCCUGAGGAAGUUCAGAGCCCAUGAAACCAACUUGCUCAUUGCAACCAGCAUUGUGGAAGAAGGCGUUGAUAUUCCAAAGUGCAAUUUGGUCGUUCGGUUUGACCUGCCAACAGAGUACCGGUCGUAUGUGCAAUCCAAAGGUCGCGCCCGGGCUCCAGUCUCCAAUUACAUCAUGCUAGCUGACAGCGAACGGACAAACACAUUUGAGGAAGACCUCAAGACCUACAAGGCCAUAGAGAAGAUCCUCCGAAAUAAGUGCUCGAAGUCAGCAGAAUGCAGUGAUUUUGAACUGGAGCCAGCGACCGAUGAUGACAACGUUUUACCACCUUACGUCCUACGCUCAGAGGACGGCGGCCCCCGUGUCACGAUUAACACAGCCAUUGGGCACAUCAACAGAUAUUGUGCUCGCUUGCCCAGUGAUCCGUUCACUCAUCUUGCUCCAAAGUGUAAAACUGUGGAGCUUAAGACUGGAGGUUAUCAGUCCACACUCUUCCUACCCAUUAACUCACCACUCAGAGUUCCUGUCACCGGGCCAACAAUGAAUUGUGCAAGACUUGCUGAGAAAGCUGUUGCUCUUCUCUGUUGUGAAAAGCUGCACAAAAUUGGUGAACUGGAUGAUCAUUUGAUGCCAGUGGGAAAGGAAACUGUGAAGUAUGAGGAGGAGCUGGACCUGCAUGAUGAGGAGGAGACGAACGUGCCAGGAAGACCAGGCUCCACCAAACGGAGACAGUGUUACCCAAAAGCCAUACCAGAGUGUCUGCGGGGUUGUUACCCUGUGCCAGAACAGCCUUGCUAUCUUUACGUAAUAGGGAUGGUCCUCACCACCCCUCUUCCUGAUGAGCUCAACUUCCGGCGGAGGAAGCUGUACCCACCGGAGGACACUACCCGAUGUUUUGGCAUUCUGACAGCUAAACCAAUACCUCGGAUCCCUCACUUCCCUGUGUAUACACGUUCUGGUGAGGUGACCAUUUCGAUUGAGCUGCAGAAGUCAGACUUUACUCUGAGCGCGGAGCAGCUGGAGCUGAUCACACGUUUGCACCAGUACAUCUUCUCCCACAUCCUUCGUCUUGAAAAGCCAGCACUAGAGUUUAAGCCCGUAGAGGCAGAUUCUGCCUACUGCAUUCUACCUCUCAACAUUGUUGAGGAUUCCAAUACGUUGGACCUGGAUUUCAAGUUCAUGGAGGAUAUUGAAAAGUCUGAAGCACGUAUUGGCAUUCCAAAUACUCAGUACACCAAGAAAAACCCAUUCAUUUUCAAAUUGGAGGACUACCAGGAUGCUGUCAUCAUUCCAAGGUAUCGUAAUUUUGACCAGCCACAUCGGUUCUAUGUGGCUGACGUUUACACAGACCUCACCCCACUCAGUAAAUUCCCCUCUCCAGAGUACGAGACUUUCGCUGAGUACUACAAAACCAAGUACAACCUGGACCUGUCUAAUGUUAACCAGCCCCUACUGGAUGUGGACCACACAUCUUCAAGAUUGAAUCUUUUAACUCCCCGGCACCUUAAUCAAAAGGGGAAAGCCCUUCCUCUCAGUAGUGCGGAGAAGAGAAAGGCCAAGUGGGAAAGCCUACAAAACAAACAGAUUUUAGUUCCGGAGCUCUGUGCCAUUCACCCCAUCCCAGCCUCUUUGUGGAGGAAAGCCGUCUGCCUUCCCAGCAUUCUCUACAGACUUCACUGCCUUCUGACGGCCGAAGAGUUGCGGUCUCAGACAGCCAUUGACGCUGGUGUAGGGGCUCAGACCCUGCCUCCUGAUUUCAGGUAUCCAAAUUUGGAUUUCGGAUGGAAGAAAUCCAUCGAUAGCAAGUCUUUCAUUUCCUGCCCCAGUGCAUGUAUGGAAGACGACGAUCACUGUAAACACGGCACAAGCUCCGAUUCAGACCACACUGCCCAGGAGGGCUGCAGUACGGAGGCCUCCCAGCCUCCAGAGGGCGCUCUCCCCUGUGAGAACUGCAACACACCAGAUGAAAAGCUAGAAACCCACCCUGUGCUCCCUGUGACUGAUCUCCAGACGCCGAACAAAGACAAGAGUGACUGUGUCUGUUCCCGAAACCUCAACGGCACUCGGAGCGACAACGACAACCUUCCACACAGACGUGACAUUUGCCAAUGCUCUCAGCUGGGCCCUCUGGAGAGUGACCUAUCAACACAAACCACUACCUCAGUUCCUGUGAGGCCCUCUCUAGCCGGCGAGCCACAGCCCCAGCCCAGCGAUGAAUGUACCCCAGGCAGGAACUCGGAUCUCUGCGACGGACAUGUGAAAAAACCUACCUCAAACUGUUGCCCCAAACCAGAGAUGGCAACCAGCACCACAGCACCUUCAGAAGUGUCAUCAGAGGUCUCUGACGUGACAUCUACAUUAGCCUGCACAGGUCCAGCCUGGGAUUCUCCGAAAACCUUGGGCCCCAACCCCGGCCUCAUCUUGCAGGCCCUGACCCUCUCCAACGCCAGUGAUGGCUUCAAUCUGGAGAGGUUGGAGAUGUUGGGCGACUCUUUCCUGAAACACGCAAUCACCACCUACCUGUUCUGCACUUACCCUGACGCCCACGAGGGCAGGCUGUCAUACAUGAGGAGCAAGAAGGUCAGCAACUGUAACCUUUAUCGCCUGGGGAAGAAAAAGGGCCUUCCCAGUCGAAUGGUGGUAUCCAUAUUUGAUCCCCCAGUAAACUGGCUUCCCCCCGGCUAUGUUGUGAAUCAGGACAAAAGCAGCACAGACAAGUGGGACUCAGAUGAGAAUAAAGAUUUGGCCAAUGGAAAAGCCAGUGAUGAUGAGGAUGAUGACGAUGAGGCAGAGGAUGUGGAGGUCGAGCCGUCUAAAGAAGAGGUCAACGUGGAAGAUGAACUGGAGUACUACUAUGAGCACAUCAGAUUCAUCGAUAACAUGCUGAUUGGCUCCGGUGCCUUCGGGAAGAAGAUCUCCCUCCAGCCGGCCGAGCCUGGCUACGAAUGGAAAGCCCCCAAAAAAGCUCACAACUCCCACUUUUCCCCAGACGGCGGCACUGACGAGUUCGAUUACAGUUCCUGGGACGCCAUGUGCUACCUUGACCCCAGCAAAGCUGGCGAGGAGGAUGACUUCGUGGUGGGCUUCUGGAACCCCUCCGAGGAAAACUGUGGCACGGAUAUUGGGAAACAGUCCAUCUCCUACGACCUUCACACUGAGCAGUGCAUCGCCGAUAAGAGCAUAGCUGACUGUGUGGAGGCUCUGAUGGGGUGCUACCUCACCAGCUGUGGGGAGAGGGCAGCCCAGCUGUUCCUGUGUUCCCUCGGCCUGAAGGUGCUCCCGGCAGAGAAGCAGAGUUCAGGGGGGUCGGCCAAGCUGCAGUACGGCUGGCUGAAGAUCCCUCCGCGCUGCAUGUUUGACCACCCGGAUGCUGAGCGGACCCUCAACCACCUCAUCUCUGGCUUCGAGAACUUUGAGAAGAAGAUAAAAUACACGUUUAAAAACAAGGCAUAUCUUCUGCAGGCUUUCACUCACGCCUCGUAUCAUUACAACACCAUCACAGAUUGUUAUCAGCGGUUGGAGUUCCUUGGUGAUGCAAUUUUAGACUACCUCAUAACAAAGCACCUUUAUGAAGAUCCCCGGCAGCACUCCCCAGGCGUGCUGACCGACCUGCGCUCUGCACUUGUCAACAACACCAUAUUUGCUUCCCUGGCUGUCAAGUACGAUUACCACAAGUACUUCAAAGCUGUCUCGCCUGAACUGUUCCACGUGAUCGAUGAUUUUGUGCAAUUUCAGCUAGAGAAGAAUGAAAUGCAAGGAAUGGAUUCGGAGCUUCGCCGAUCAGAGGAAGAUGAGGAGAAGGAGGAAGACAUUGAGGUCCCCAAAGCAAUGGGAGACAUCUUUGAAUCGCUAGCUGGUGCAAUUUACAUGGAUAGCGGGAUGUCACUUGAGACAGUUUGGCAAGUGUAUUAUCCAAUGAUGAGGCCACUCAUAGAAAAAUUCUCCGCUAAUGUCCCUCGAUCCCCAGUGCGUGAACUCCUGGAGAUGGAACCAGAGACGGCUAAGUUCAGCCCUGCGGAGAGAACCUACGAUGGAAAAGUACGGGUGACGGUGGAAGUGGUGGGCAAAGGCAAGUUCACAGGCGUGGGACGCAGCUACCGUAUAGCCAAGUCAGCGGCCGCCCGCCGAGCCCUCCGCAGUCUCAAAGCCAAUCAACCUCAGGUCCAAAACAACUGAGCUUCAGACAGCAGACACCCCAACGCACCAGUCAAAAACACAGCAGAACCCCUCUCGGCACCAGUUUACGGCCCAGCCAAGAAUCGUGGCCGACAGCGUUCUCACUGGGGUUGUCAAACUCAAAUGAAUCGAGUCAAAAGAUUUCAGCGUAAUUCACAUGGGGUUCAUAUUUCAUUUUAUUCUUUACGUGCGCAAACA